AAGUCAUCUUUUACUUUGGGGACAUAUAAGUCUUUUAUAAAAAAAAGAAGUUAAGCAAUAACAAACAAACACAUAACCACAAAGAUGACAAAAAACAUGACUAACAUUAAUCUUCUCAAGCAUGUUAUAUACCUUCUCUUCUUCAUAAGCUGCUUUAUUACCAAACCCUCCGAUGCAUCCAGAGGUGGCAUAGCCAUCUAUUGGGGCCAAAAUGGCAACGAAGGUAAUCUCUCGGCCACAUGUGCCACCGGCCGGUAUGCUUACGUCAACGUCGCCUUUCUUGUGAAAUUCGGAAAUGGUCAAACACCGGAGCUCAACCUUGCCGGCCACUGCAACCCUGCGGCCAACACUUGCACCCAUUUUGGCUCUCAGGUCAAAGAUUGUCAGUCUCGUGGCAUCAAGGUUAUGUUGUCUCUCGGCGGCGGGAUCGGAAACUACUCGAUUGGGUCCAGGGAGGACGCAAAAGUCGUCACUGAUUACCUGUGGAACAAUUUCUUGGGAGGAAAAUCAUCAUCACGUCCCUUAGGUGAUGCUGUUCUUGAUGGUAUCGAUUUCAAUAUCGAGCUUGGCUCUCCUCAACACUGGGAUGAUCUCGCCAGGUCUCUCUCAAAGCUUAGCCACAGAGGCAGAAAAGUAUAUUUAACAGGAGCUCCUCAAUGUCCAUUUCCAGACAGAUUAAUGGGAAGUGCUCUCAACACUAGACGUUUUGACUAUGUUUGGAUCCAGUUCUACAACAAUCCACCGUGUUCAUACUCUUCAGGAAAUACUCAAAACCUCUUUGAUUCGUGGAACAAGUGGACCACUUCAAUCACAGCCCAGAAAAUCUUCUUGGGUCUUCCGGCAGCUCCCGAAGCUUCCGGAAGUGGCUAUAUCCCGCCAGAUGUACUGACUUCACAGAUACUUCCGACUUUAAAGAAGUCUAGGAAGUAUGGAGGUGUAAUGCUUUGGUCUAAAUUUUGGGAUGAUAAAAAUGGAUACAGUUCAUCUAUAUUGGCUAGUGUGUGAAAAGAAUCGUAAUGACCAUUCUAUGUAUAUCAAUUCUCUAGUGUUUGGUUUUUGAAGAAUUGUUGUGUGUGUGUGUGUGUGUGUGAUGUUAGUAUUCUAAUUUAAAUUGUUUGUAUAUAUCAAUAUACUUAAUCAACCUUCAUUAAUGAAAUUAAGGAUUUGCUUUUA